AGAUCUGCCCCAGGUAAUGUUUGCACGUUCUGAUGGCUUGCCUGGGCCUCCCGGAGAAUCAUUAACUUCCUUUAACUGUCUAGUCUGUGGAUGUCAGUCGACACAUCCUGAACGGGACGGACACACUGCUCUCCAGAUGCUGCUGGCCAGUCCCACGAUGGAACAUAAAGAAGUGAUCCUUUUACUUCUCCUAUUUCUAAAAUCAGGUCAAGGAGACAGCCUGGAUGACUAUGUGAACACCCAGGGGGCGUCGCUGUUCAGCGUCACUAGGAAGCAGCUCAGAGCAGGCAGUGUCGAGGAGUGUGCUGCGAAGUGUGAGGUGGAAACGGAAUUCGUCUGCAGGUCAUUUCAGUACCACAGCAAAGAACAACAGUGCGUGAUCAUGGGGGAAAACAGCAAGACUUCCUCAAUCAUUCGCAUGAGAGAUGUCGUUUUAUAUGAAAAGAGAAUGUACCUUUCAGAGUGCAAGACUGGGAACGGCAGGCACUACCGAGGGACGGUGUCCAGGACGAAGGACGGCAUUCCCUGUCAAAAGUGGAGCGCCGUUUCCCCCCACAGACCCAACUAUUCACCCGACACACACCCCUCCGAGGGGCUGGAGGAGAACUACUGCCGGAACCCCGACAACGACCAGCAGGGCCCCUGGUGCUACACCACGGACCCUUCCCAGAGAUUCGGCUUCUGCGACAUUCCCGAGUGCGAAGAUGAGUGCAUGCAUUGCACUGGAGAAAAUUAUGAGGGCAAAAUUUCCAAGACCAAGUCUGGACGUGAAUGCCAGGCCUGGGGCUCUCAGACCCCGCACGCGCACGGAUACCUUCCCUCCAAAUUUCCAAACAAGAACUUAAAGAUGAAUUACUGCCGUAACCCCGAUGGGGAGCCUGGUCCCUGGUGUUUUACCACAGACCCCAACAAACGCUGGGAACUCUGCGACAUCCCCCGCUGCACAACACCCCCACCAUCUUCUGGUCCAACACACCAGUGUCUGAAGGGAAAAGGGGAGAGCUACAGAGGGAAUGUGGCUGUCACCGUGUCGGGGAACACCUGCCAGCGCUGGAGCGCACAGACUCCUCACAAGCACAACAAGACCCCGGAAAACUACCCCUGCAAAGAUCUGGAUGAAAACUACUGUCGCAACCCUGAUGGAGAGACGGCGCCCUGGUGCUACACGACCAACAGUACAGUGAGGUGGGAGUACUGCCAGAUACCCUCCUGCGAGUCCUCUCCAUCAUCCCCAGAACAGGCGGAUACCCCAGCAUCAGCUGAGCAAACCCCUGUGGUCCAGGAGUGCUACGAAGGUAAUGGGCAGAGUUACCGAGGCAAGUCAUCCAUCACUAUCACGGGAAAGAAAUGCCAAUCUUGGUCAUCUAUGACACCACACCGGCAUCAGAAGACCCCAGAAAACUUCCCCAAUGCCGGCUUGACAAUGAACUACUGCAGGAAUCCAGAUGGCGACAAAAGCCCUUGGUGUUACACCACUGACCCGAGGGUCAGGUGGGAGUACUGCAACCUGAAGAAAUGCUCCGAAACGCAAGGGGGCAUCGUGGUCACUUCACCGGUAGUUCCGGUUCCCAGUACACAGGAGCCCUCUGAACAAGACUGCAUGUUUGGGAGCGGUAAAGGAUAUCGGGGCAAGAAGGCCACCACUGUCACUGGCACCCCGUGCCAGCCAUGGGCUGCCCAGGAGCCCCAUCGACACAACAUUUUCACUCCAGAGACAAACCCGCAGGCGAAUCUGGAAGAAAACUACUGCCGGAAUCCUGACGGUGACGUCAAUGGGCCCUGGUGCUACACCAUGAACCCAAGAAAACUCUUUGACUACUGUGAUGUCCCUCAGUGCGUAUCCUCUUCAUUUGAUUGUGGGAAGCCGAAAGUGGAACCGAAGAAAUGUCCUGGAAGGGUUGUCGGCGGGUGUGUGGCCCGCCCGCACUCCUGGCCCUGGCAGAUCAGUCUGAGAAGAUUUCGAAAGCACUUCUGUGGAGGUACUUUAAUAUCCCCGGAGUGGGUGCUGACUGCCGCCCAUUGCUUGGAGAGAUCCUCAAGGCCUUCGACGUACAGGGUCAUCUUGGGUGCACACCAGGAAGAGAAUCUUGAGCCGGAUGUUCAGGAAGUAGGAGUGGCGCGGCUGUUCACAGAGCCCUCGGGAGCAGACAUCGCCUUGCUGAAGCUGAGCAGCCCCGCCAUCAUCACUAACAAAGUCAUCCCAGCGUGUCUGCCUCCCGCCAACUACAUGGUGGCCGACCGGACGGUGUGCUACAUCACUGGCUGGGGAGAAACCCAAGGAACCUUUGGUGCUGGCCUUCUCAAGGAAGCCCAGCUCCCUGUGAUUGAGAACAAAGUAUGCAACCGCUUCGAGUACCUGGCCGGGAGGGUCAAAUCGACCGAGCUUUGUGCUGGGCAUCUGGCCGGAGGCACGGACAGUUGCCAGGGUGACAGUGGAGGGCCUCUGGUUUGCUUUGAGAAGGACAAAUACAUCUUGCAAGGUGUCACUUCUUGGGGUCUUGGCUGUGCACGCCCCAAUAAGCCUGGUGUCUACGUUCGCGUUUCAAGGUAUGUCACUUGGAUUGAAGACAUAAUGAGAAAGAAUUAACUGGAUGGGAGAUGGAGUGAAGUUAUCAACUUACCUGAAUGCUGGAGCAGGCCGAGGGAAUCGAGCUUGCUCAGAAAUGAUCGACAAUAAUCAAACUGAGACACUACUUAGCCACCAUCUCCUACCAAAGCUCAGCAUGUUCUUUGUAUUAUUGUGGAUACGUUUUUCCUGUCCAUGAACUACUGAAUUCUGUAACAGGAAAAAUAGCUAUGCUAUUUGCCGACAAUAAACUCUGUACUUCCUUUGA